AUGGCGGCGAAUUCUGUGUCACCUGGGUUUCAGAACGAGGCACUCCGAUACUUCCGGGCAUGGGUGAUAUUUGAUUCACUUGAAAAAGUUUUUCGUGAUCUCCAUGAAGACGUCAAGAACUUGAAAGUUCGGCUGGACGAUAUAGAGGAGUCUCAAACUUUUAUAAAUAGAAAAUUUGAGGAAACCCGGGUCUACCAUACGGAUCUCAGUAAAUUACACGAUGAUGUCAUUGAUUUAAAGUGUCGCUCUAUGAGAGAGAAUUUAUUAUUUUUUGGAAUCCCGGAGGAGGGGGGACCCGAUUUUGUCGACAGAUCUGAUCCUACGACAGGAAUUUCGGAACGUGUGCCCAAUGAGGACUGUAUUGAUAAACUGAAAACACUAGCGAGUCAGAAGCUGGACUUUACGGAGAACCUGCUUAUCGACAGGGCCCAUAGGAUAGGUCCAAAAACAACAGGGAAAGUGAGACCCAUCGUCGCCAAAUUUAACCAAUUCCAGCAAAAGGAACGAUUGAAAAAAAAAUCCAAUAAACUGAAAGGUUCAAAUAUUUAUAUCUCUGACCAAUACCCAAAGGAAGUACAGGAGGUGAGGAGGGAGCUAUGGCCGAUAUGGAAGAAGGCCCGUGACGACAAAAAGAGGGCAGUAUUUGUUAAAGACAAACUUUAUAUUGACGGUGUUUUGUACAAGUGUCCGGACCCGCCCGUUCCGUCCGCAAAUGUCCAGGCACCUGGCAACCCUAGGGGUGCCCCUAAAGGUGCACACACACGCAAACGUCACCCAUAG